GUGCAUUUCAUAUAUAUAAUUUGGCACUCAAAUUUAGCAUCUAUCGUGAUAUAUCCAUCCAUUCUUGCUAUGAGUUGUGAUAUAUUUGAAUGAAAAUCAUAUAAAAGAUCAUUUACUUGUCAUUUGUUUAUUUUGCAGAAAAGUGCGAUAAGGCACUAUAAUCUUGAAGAUCUUGUCUACAAAGAAAGAGGAUACAAGACCGAGGGCCAAUAGAAGAGAAGGGGGGACUCGAGUAUGAAGAAUUAAAGAAAUGGAGGGACAAAACUAAAGAAGAAAGGGAUCUACUUAAGGCUAAAGAAGAGAAGGAGGGCAAAAGUGCAAAAAUGCAGAUCUGGGAGAGGAUCAAAAUCCCUAGCCGCAUCUCCAUUGCGACUAGGCCUGGCAUCUCCAUCUCCCUCACCCUCCUUCUCCACCUCCGGCUGCUGCCACGGCCAGGCCGGCGUGGUGGUGCGCCUCCCACCUCAUCACCCAUCUCCAUCCACCACUCCACCAUCACCUCCAUCCAUCAGCGCCAUGCCACCCAGCACCUCCACCAUGCACCACCAGCACCACUCCACUCCACCGCCGCAGCCAUCCAUCCAUCACGCACCACCAGCUCCACCAGAGCCACUCCAUCCACCUCCCUCUGCCCUCUAGUCUCCUCUGUUCCUCCUCUCCAUGCCCCCGCUGCUGCUGCUCUCUUCUCCACAGAACUGCUGCUGCUCCCUUCUUCCCCCAAACUCUACUGAUGCAUCUUCUUCCCUGAACCCCAAACCCUACUGCUGCUGCUCUUCCCUUCUCUCAAUCUCAUGCUACUGCUCCAUCUCCCAAACGUUGUUACUGCUCUUUCUCUUCACUGAAACUCAUGUUGCUGCUCCUCCUCCCACACCCAAAUUGCUGCUGCUUCGCUUCUUUUCUGAACCCAAGUUGCUGCCGCUUCUCACGCCCCUGACAAGACACCAUCACAGGGGAGUCUGAUCCCCUGCGUGCCUCUCCUCUCUGUCUUGUUGCUACUGCUACUAUCUCUCUUUCUCCCUCUUUAUAGUCUCUGAAUUUUCUGUAGGGCAAGAUGUUUAAAACUUUGUAAUGUUCAGAUUCUAAGAGUACCUGCUUCCUGUACUAGUUAAUUCUACUUCUUGUUUUUUAGUUGUUUUUUAGUACUAUUCUGUUGAUCUGCGAGUACUAGUUUAGUGGCUUGUGUAAUUCCGUUUGUAUUGUCACUCGUGUAACCUGAACCUUGGUGUAGUACCUUGUGCCCGUAUGUGUGGUUAUGUAUGUACUAUAGCUCCUGCGUUUAACUAUGUCCAUGUGAAAAUAUAUAUGUUUGUGUUAUGAUAUAUAUUUGUCCCUGUCAUACAAUCUUGUUUCUUCUCUCUUUUGCAUGUCAAUAGUUAUAUGUGUUCAUGUCUUGUUGACUCCUAUUUGUCAUUGAUGUUUGUCUGUGUUAGUGUUUUAAUUUCUCAAGCAUUACGGAACUACCAAAAAGACAAUGAGUAAAAUCUGAGUCUCCCUGUGCUCUUUGUAUUUUCUUUGUCGACGAUCAUUGGGAACAACCUUGUUUAGUGUAGGUUUAUUUUCUUGCUUUCAUAAUCUGAAUUGUGUUACCUAGCUUUAGCCAAGCACGAUCAUCGAUUUGCCUAGUCCCUGAGGAGAACACGACAUCCGUAGUUUGGGGCGUAAAAACCCCGCUAUACUUUCAAUUGAUCAUUUUGGCACCGUUGCCGGGGACUUGCGUCGAGUGACCGUGUUAGGCUAUAGACUAGAUUUACUUUAGUUCCUUGUUCAAUUUGUCGUGUAUUUCAUCUUCAGUAUUUUUCUUCUAUUUUCCCCCAUUGUUGCUUCGGCUUAUUAGGAUACUAACCUUCUGACUAGUGUUUACUGUUUAUGAGUGUGUGUAGGGAAUCAUAAAUCUUUGCAGGUUAUUCUAUAGUUACACUUGGUUAAGAUAUGGCAUUGCUUCGUGAUCUUUGGAUGCCAAGUAGUCAAUGUUAUAUCACAGGACCGGUUUGGCCAACUAUUGAGGUAGAGAAUUUUGAGAUGAAGCCUGGUCUUAUUGCUUUGGUUCAACAACAACAGUUUGGAGGACUGCCUACUGAGGAUCCUUAUGAGCAGUUACACCGAGUCAUGGAGUAUUCAGAUACAGUCAAGUACCAUGGAGUUCCUCAAGAUGCAAUCAUGUGCAGGUUGUUCACAUUCUCCCUCCGCGAUGAUGCUCGUGCUUGGUAUCGAUCCUUGCCAUCAAGGUCAUACAGUUGGAAUGAGAUAUAGCGAGCUUUCUUGGUUAAAUAUUUCCCACUACACAAGCAGUCCGCAAUUCGAGAUGAGAUCUUCAAUUUCGUUCAGCGUGAAGGCGAGAGCUUGAAUGAUGCUUGGGAGAGAUACAAAGCCUUAUUCAGGAGAUGUCCUAAUCAUGGGCUCGAGAGAUGGUUAGAGUUGCAGAUAUUCUAUAGAGGAUUGACUUCGAACACUCGAGCUUAUGUCGAUAUGGCAGCGGGUGGAGCUAUUACAAACAAGACACUUGAUGAAGCUUUUCUGCUGAUUGAGAGCAUAGCUUUCCACCAACUUCAGUGGUACAAUAAGAAGCCCACGUCUGAUUCAUUGGUUUGCUUGCAACAAAUCACUACACCUCAACCACCAAUUCUUACACAAAAGCAUGAGCCUCUAUCUCAGUGUGACAAGAUUGAGCUUGCAUGGAUUAUCUUUGACAAUGAUGACACCAUUUUAGUUGACACACACGCUACAGAUCAUAUGGAUACUAGUGUUGGAGAUACGGUUUUGCAUUGUGAUGAUUCUUCCAUGGAUGAGCCAGAGCUGCAGUUAGUUGUUUUUGAUAUUGAGGAGUCACCUUUAGUUGAUAUUGAUCAUGUGCUGCUAGAGCCAGAUAUGGAGAAGUUCACCUUUGAUGAUGUUAGCCGCAUUGCUUCCUCAACACUUGAGCCUGAGAUGGAGAGCUUCAUGGUUGAGUAUGGUGAGGUCGAUUCAGAUGUCGAGGAGCCAAGCUCUACUAUUUCACUUGUUGACACGAGUCCGGUUGAAAUUUCUACUACCACACCUCACUUGGCUGACCAAGUUCGAGAUGACAUCCCAUGGGAUCCUGGUGGAUUCACGGCAUGGUGAUGAGGAGAAGCAAAGAGCACACAUGAGGAAGAGUGAAGCUGGAGCAGGCAUGAGGAUAGAGAAGUAAAAAGAGAAGAGCUGCAGCUUAGAGAGUGAUCAAGCGAGUGCUACAUGAUCAAAGCCCGGUGAGCUGUUUUGUGACCCAUUCUGAAUAUCAUAAAUACAUGCUGAAUUCAAUUGCUAGUUGGGUUGCUUGAGCUAGUUAUUACUUGCUGUCAAGCUGAAAUUCACCUUUGGCAUUGUGCUUGAUGUGAUUUUGUGAACUUGAUUUCUGAAUGCCUUGUAAACUAGUGAUCUACACCAUGCAUGCUUUGCUGAAAUUUGUGGAAGUUAUUAGUUUUGAGUGCUCAAAUCCCUAGUGCACUAGAAAACUUGAUCAUUUUCUGCUUUUACCUUGAUACACCUAGAUCACCAUGUUUAGAUGCUGAAUUUGUGCUAAGUGUGUUCCCAUUGAGAGCAAUCACCUAACCACUAUGGAUUAGCAUGCUAUGUUCCCUGGAUCGGUAGCAUGUGAACCAGACAUGGAGAAGUGAUGAUUCCUGUUUUUGUGCUUAUGCGUUGUUCAUUUAAGAUAAGUAAUAUUUAAUAAAUAAGUCUGACUACCUACAGUAGCAUGUCAUGUUCCCGGGAUCGGUGGCAUGUGAAAUCGGGUUAGCUUGGGCAGUAAUUAAUAAUAAAAAUGUAAUUGUCGAACUAGGUGUAU